AUAUUGUGGUGCUAGAAAUUGGCAUUAACGAUUUAUCCUUGUUGGUAGGCUCACAGAUAGAGGAGCUAGUCAUUCUGUUGCGUGACAGAUAUAAGGCUAAGGUGGUAUGUGUUUGCCUAUAGUUACUCUGUGUUGGUGUCAUUUCAGGCUUUCUGGCACCCUUGUGUAGAAAAGUAGAAUAAAAGUAGGGCUAGAAUUUUAGGAAAAGUAGGAAUAAAGUAGGAAAACAUGUAGAAAAGUAGGACAAAAGUAGGAGUUUUUGGAGAUGCAAAUAACACAAAAAUAUACAAAUUAAUUGGCCCCCUAGGAUAUAUGUGGUAAGGGGUGGACCAUUGAUGCUUAAUAUUUUUUGUACUCAUUCAUGUAUAUGCAGGAUUUUUUUCUCAAAACUUUUAAAAUUAGAUAUUAAUAUAGACAAUGAAUGUUGCAUCGAUAAAAAAGCUAAGGCAUCUGCUCUGCAGCAACACAAUGGGUGAUUCUUAUACACUAAAUUUUGAUAUAGGCAAGAAAAACAAAAUUCAUCAUGACGGCUAGAAACAGCAUGCUAAAAUGAGUAAAAUUGCAAAGUUUGGCCAUGAAAUUUUGUAAAAUGAGGAAAAUAUAGCCCUACGAAAUUUGCUAAUUUUGUAUUAAUUUGUAUUACACAAGGGAAAAUGCACCACUUUCGGCCCCAUUGUGAUGCAUUUUCCCAUGCUAAUACAAUGCAAACUAAUACAAAAUUUGCAAAUUUCGCAGAGCUAUAUUUUCCACACUUUACCUAACCAAACCGCAAUUUGGAACAAAACUUCGCAAUUUGGAAUCUGUAGAUCAUUGGAAAUGGCAUUUUCAGAGUCUUCAUUAAUUUAUUUAUUAUGAUUCUAGGAGAUGCUAUGGAAUUUUAUACUUGGAAAAUUUACUUCUCUUCCUGACGUCUUAUCAUCUGGAACACAAAUAGGGAAAAAAUUACGAGUCCUAUAGAUCUAAUUACAAGAGCUAUAAUAUACUGAUUCCCCCACAGGUGUCUUAAAAAAGUAGGAUUUUAUGAGAAAAAGUAGGAAAAUCAAGCAAUUUUUUAUAACAAAUAGGAAAAGUAGGAAAGUUGAAGGAAAGGUAGGAUGGCAAGAAAGCCUGGCAUUUCGACAAAACAUGCCUUAUUCUGAAUAACUACCUUACAGUGGUAUUGGAACAUAAGGUGUUUUCAUGGCUACAUUGGGGUUUUAGGCAACAAUCUGUGACACCUUUUCUUCACGACGGGGUACAACUUUAAAAAAAUUGGGCAAUACAAUUUGUACCACAGUUAUAUACAAUUUGUACUACAGUUGGCAGUAGUUAGUUUCUAAUAAGGUAAAUCACAUUGCAUAAAGAAUAAAAAAUAAACUGAUCAAUAUUUUAAACUUACAGAAGUUGUUAUCCUCGAAAUGUAAAGCUCCUUUUAUCAAAAGAAAAAUUCAAGAUCCUUUAAGUUUGAAAAAUCAACAGAAAAAGAUAAUACUGAGUAAGAUUUUUGGGCAUGUUACAGAUCAUUCUGCAAGAGAAACUGACUGGCUAUGUCAUUAAAAGAACUGGUCGUGUUACUGGACAAACAAUUGUCACCAAGGCCAUCAAUAAUUGCAGAAUGAUCUGGAUUUCAUCACCACCAUCAACAUGAACACAAAAAUGUAAGUACAUUUUUUGCAGAAAUAAGAAAAUUAUCUCUAAGACUGUCUUGAUAACUUAAACGAUACCUUGCAAGAUAGAUUUGUACAUGGGUUGAAAAUGGAAAAUAUCCAGAAGAUAUUGCUAUUCGAGACAACCCUUUCUCUCAAGAAGGCAUUAGUAAUAUCUGUUGCAAUGGGAAUGACGGCAAAAAUGCCUUUCUUAGUUAAUUCUCUAUCCUUAAUAACCUUGGUGUCCUUUAAAAUAUUGUCCCAUUUCUCUUUCUGAAGGGCCAUAACAUUUUGCAAUUGGAAAUCUGUUGCAAUAUCUUUUCCUCACACCAAAAGUGGAAGCCAUGCUGCCUACUCCACAAAAUCAUUUAAAAUACUGGGAAAACAAAUUAUUUUUUAGAAAACAAAAAACAUACAAUCAAAGAACAAGGUCCAAACAUCGAAUUAAUAGCAGUGAACUGCUAUUAGAUUAUAUGAUAUCAAGCCAGAGCUUUUUAUCUGAUCUUUGUAACUGUGCUGAUCAGUUUGUCAUCAAGGCCUAUAUAUAUAGGCCUUGUGGGAAGGCAGAACAGAUGAAAUAAAUAUACUUUUCCAUAUACAACAAGACAUACUAUUGAGCAUUUCGUCAAUGGGGCUAUUAAGGCCUGUUUUAGAAUUUGUCACAAUUCAAACAUUUGGGUGCAAUCCACCUUUCUGGCUCUCUACAACAUGUGUCAUUCCAUGUGCGUCAAAUAACCGGAAAUCGGACAAACAAAUUCGAACAAGAAUACAAUUUAGUAUAGCGAGAGUGACUUAUCGCGUUAUUUAAAUGAUAUUAAAAGUUGGAAAAGCGAUGGGAUAAAGUUUAAAAGGUCGAAUUUAGCUGCAGACAUGUCGUACAGUAGUUCAGGCUCAAAGAUGUCCGUGAGCGAUCUUAGUAAAGCCUUUUAAAAGAUAUAUUUUUCAUUUAUCGAGCGACUCUGACACUGUGCUUAAUAAUAUUAAAACGACAAAGUCAAAGUAUUUAUAAACAUGGUAAAACGAUGUGCAUGGGGAACUUGUAACAGUGAUUCUAGUAAAUGAAGUAGAAGGAACAACAGUUACAUUUCAUCAUUUUCCGACGGAGAUAAGGGACAAGGAACGAAGAAAAACGUGGAUACGUGCGUGCUGCAGGAAAGAUGGCUUCAUUUGUACAAAGGACAGUUAUGUUUGUAGUCUUCAUUUCAUUGACAAGAAAGGCCCCACGGAAGAAUAUCCCGACCCCAUUUCAGCGACAGCUAGUAGAGAUACGCUAAGCAUAUGGUCUAUGGAUAAGAAGUUAAAUUUUUAUGCAAAUGUAUACAUUUGAAUGAUAUGCGUUUCAUCAACAUAUUGAACAAUAUUGACACCAAUAUUGUUUUUGUUAUAAAUAGAUCAAGCGAUUGAGCAGAAAGAGGAAGCCUCCUUCGACUAGAAAAGCAUGUGGUAAACGAUUUAGAACAGCUCACAACAAAUCAGCAGCGGAAUCACUGUUUUCUCUUUCGCCAGCUAUGCCUGCUGUUGGGAAAAGUACAUAUGAGCUAAAUGUGGCAGAAACUUUAAUAAAUUUAAGCAAAGAUGCAGUUACACAUCCUACUAUAAAUACAGAGUCCGAGAAUACAGCCACAGAAAUUAUGGAAGAAGAUCAACUGCAGGGCAUAAAAGAAGCAUCAACAGCAACCUGUGAUUCCCAAGUAAGCUAUAGUUAAAAAGGCUUUUAAUAAAUCAUUUUAGGACUAUAUUUAAUAAAUAAAGUAUCAUAUUUAAGUUUUUAUCUUGAUGUUUUAUUAAUAAAGACAACUGUUUCAAUGGAAGAUUUCAACAUGUAUCCUGAUAGUGUGUUACUCAACAAGAAAGAAAUGUCAAGGGCAUUAUUUUUGGAAAAUGUUGAAAAUCCCAAGAAGACAGUGCACUACACAGGUAUGUUGUGUGACUAUGGUCUAAUGCCACCAAAUUCCCCCGCCUCGGAGCUCUGCAUGGUGAGUUGUGUUGGUCAUGUGCGCCGCCCACCCAUCAAUAUAUAUUACUAGUUGCUUGACUACUGUAUUUGAAUUGUAAUUAUUGCUGACAGUUCGUUUAUCAGCAUGUUAUUAUUCAAAUUACUGUAACUCAUUUUGUCUCUAAUAUUUUUUUGCUUUAUCAUGAAAAAUAGCACUCCCUCGGCCAGGGCUGGGGGAGGUAUCAAGGGUUAAUAUUGCCUGGUUAUUUAUGGAAUUAAAUCAUUUUCUUUUUUAGGUUUGGAUUUAAGUGUUCUACGUGCCAUACAUAAUUUGGUUCAGGAGAAGGCUUCUAGACUUCACAUGUGGAAAGGUAAAAAGAAAACAAAGGAAAAAUAUAUUGGAAAAGUAUAUAUUGAGGUGAGCAAAGUUUUCAAUGGUGACAAGGUGCCUUUAAGUCCUAUUGUAAUUAGUACAUGUAUGAAGUCAUAAUUUAUUUUUAUUUUUAGCAAAAGAAAAAAUUUUCCAAAUUAUCCACCUGGGAACAGUUUAUUAUUACGCUGGUAAGAUUACGCCGAAAGAUCACCAUUGAAACACUGGCAGAUUUAUUUGGAAUUUCAACUGGUUCUACGAGCAGAAUUAUAAUUACAUGGAUAUUGUUCUUAGAAAAGGAACUGUCAUUCCUGCUGCAUUUCCCAACUCUAUCUGAAUUGGAUGGUAUACAGUAUCCGAAAGCAUUUAGAGGCAUUCCUGACUUACGAGGAAUUAUUGACUGCACCAAGUUUUAUAUUGAAACACCUAACCGUUUGCCAAGCCAAAGAUCUACAUACAGCACAUACAAAUCACGGAAUACCUUUAAACUACUUGUGUCCAUUUCUCCUAUUGCUCACUUUAAUUUUGUUUCAAAUUUGUUUAGUGGUAGCAUAAGUGAUAAGGAGAUUAUAAGGCAAAGUGGAUUUUUAGAUAAGCUGCAGCCUGGUGAUGCGAUAAUGGCUGAUAAGGGAUUUAACAUCCAGGAUCUACUAGCUUUACGGGAGACGAGAUUAAUUGCUCCACCCAUUAUGAGAAAAGGUACAGUGUCAUCGAAAGCUUCGACCAUCACAAGACGAAUUGCCAAAGUCCGCAUCCAUGUUGAAAGAGCAAUUAGAAAAUUAAAAUGCUUUAGUAUACUGAGAGGUGUAAUCCCGCUUACUGUGAAACCAUAUGUUACUUCUAUAGCUAAAGUUUGUGCAGCUCUUGUAAACUUGCAACCAAGCAUCAUAGA